UGAUCAAAAUAUAACCAAUAGAAACGGUCGACACAGAUCUUUAGAAAGAAAUUGUAAUUGGCACCAAGAUGGCGGUAAAUUCGGUUGCCAGAGUGUGGGGCCCGUACAAAGACCUGUACAACACUGUUGAUUCAGCUGUGUGGAAGAAGAGACCUGAGGCCUACCAUGACCUGGAGGGAGCGCUCAGAAAACACAAACCUGACUUCCUAUCACUGCUGCAGAACCCGGCAAAGAACUCUCAGCAGAGACAGCAGAUAAAGCAGGCGAACACGGAGGGCGUGGUCAUCCAGGGCCAGCCGACGCCCCGCACCCUCCCCACACAGUUUAUACAGGAGGUGCUCAUCCUCAGUGAUCUCUUCAACCUCAACGAGUUUGCUUCACUGGAACUGUUACUGGCAGCAGAGCAGCAGCAGCCCCAGUUCCCCGGCCUGACCCGUGGGUUGGUGGCCAUCCUUCUGUACUACGAUGGCCGUAGGAGUCUGGUCAACUCUCUCCGGACGAUCAUCCAGGCACGGGAGGGCAGGACCUGGACUCUGGGUGUAAAUGAAGAGACCACCUCAUUGGUUGUCAAGUUUACUGAUCAGCUGAUGGAAGAAGGGCUGACCAAUAAGGUGCUGUCUCUUGUGGAUGGUCUGGACUGGACUGCUGAAAUGACCAGACUGGAAAAGGAGAGAGGACUGGGGGACCAAAAACACAGAAAACAGGUUGCUGAUCUGUACAAGGAGGUAAAGAUGUCUCUUGCAGAGUGCCUGUUUUGUUGGGCCUGCCAAACAGCCCUGCCCAAACAGGACACGCUCCGUCUGAUCAGGCACCUGAAAAAGGUGAAGACAGUCAGCCCCGAUGGGAAGCUGGAGGCCCCGACGCUGGCCCUGCUCAUGGCACUGUUGUACUGUUUUGAUGUGAGCAUUUUGGAGCAGGCUGUUGACGAAAGGGAUGGUAAGUUACAGUUACUAUCCGUCGAUUUCCUGAAGUUCUUCGGUGAGCAGAUCUUCGUCCUGUGGAAGUAUGCCCUGCUCAGGAGAAGGAUUCUGUUCUUCUCACCUCCCCCCAUCGGUGUGAUUGCUGACUUGUAUGGGAAGGACCCACAGAAGUUGCAGCUGGCCUUGGAGUUUUGGUGCCCGCCUGAACCGUCGCUCAGCCCAUCAGGCUCUUUUCUGGCAGGGCAGCACUACAGGCCCCCACACAGACAGGUGAGCCUGUACAAGUUUGUGAGGAUUGCAGGAGACCUGGUGCCCCCCUCCCUCUUUGUACCUUACAUCAGUAUGCUGACAGGACUGGCCAAUGGACCACAGUGUGCUCACUACUGCUUCUCCCUCCUCAAGGCCAAUGGAGGCACGGGUGCGACCGUCUCCUGGGACCACUUCUUCAGCUCCCUGAGCCAGUACUACCAGGGGCUGCGGCAGGAGUUAGCCAGCUCGGCAGACGCUCGCCAUCACGUGUACCGCCACCCUGUCCGCAGCAUCACUGCGCAGGAGCUGGACGGGCUGCUCUCUGUACUCAAGCUGACGGAGAGGAUAGCAGAGGAGGACGAGAACUCGCGCCUGGCGCUGUGUGAACACCCCCACUGGAUGCCGACCGUGCUGUUCUUCGGCCUGCUGCAGUGCCCGGUCCCCUCCGAGCUGAAGGCGGCGCUCAUGAGAACCCUCGCCGCGCUCGCCAAGUCUCCCGAGAUCGCUGCCGGCCUCUGGCAGUCUCUGGAAGUCGCACAGAUCCUCCAGACUGUCCAACCAUCAGGACAGACAGUCCAGGCAGCUGGCAUACAGGUUGAGCUGGAGGAGAUCGAGGCCCGAGGAGAGGAGUACCCGAUGACUCGUGCCUUCCUCCAUCUCGUGGACAGGCUGACGGACAUCGCUGUUCCGCCCAGCCUCGGCGCAGGAUUCCGUGCUCCGGGGUUCGACCCCUACCUGGAGUUCAUCCUGGAAUCUGUGUUCCUCAAGUUCAGCACCAGGGCGUACAAAAACCCCGGGGAAAAGUGGCAGGUCACAUCAGGAGUUCUCCAAGUCCUUCACAAACUGCUGCAGUACCAUGAAAUGUCACCAGAGGACUUCCUGGACCAAACCAUCGAGGUUCAGGGGGGAGGGACCACCAUUGCAAACAAGCCCCCAGGGCACACACUGCUCAUCCACAUGUUAAAUGACAGCCCACUGCUGAAAACCAUUCUGCAGAUCAUAGAUGAGGCUGUCAGGCUUAUGGAGCAGUAUGUGCCAUUCCCAGGAAAAGAAGACCUGGAGAAGUCAGCCCUGCUGUGUCUGCAGAUGUUGGAGUCCACGUUCGACAAACAGGACCAGUUCAUGGCGGUCCUGCGGGACCAGGGGUCGUCCGUCAUGGCCGCACCGCUGGACGAACUGUUGGUCAGCAUCAACCCUCGCACGGGCAGGGCCGACCAUCUCGUCAACAUCGCUAGGUUUGUAGAGUACAACAGCAGCAGCCCAGAGCUGGCCCUGUGUAGUGUGAAGAUUCUAUGCUGGAUCUGUCUCUCCUCUGCAUCACAGAGUGAGCUGGUCGGCAUGUUCACUACACAACAGGACGUGUCCCGUAGCCUGUUACAUGGGUUUGUGGAGUGUUUAGAGACAGAUGAUGUUGAGGACAGAGCAGAUAUUGCAGAACAAGAAGAUGCUGACCUGACGGCCUCUCAGACGCGCUGUUCCACCCGACAGCACAUCCUCCAGCUGCUGUUACACUCGCUGGACCAGCCUGCCCCCAACCUGGCUCACUUCCUGCUGGGCUUCAAACUCAGGAAGCCGGUCGUGAAAACGAACCUCCAGGACCCAGGUGUGUUAGGUUCUCCUCGCACCUGUCUGCACUCCAUCCUGGGGGUCCUGGACGCCGGGGUGGACUCUGUGGGGGGUCCCAGCUGUAUCCAUGACAACCCACAGCUGUCGGAGCUGGCUUACAAACUGGCAUACCACCUGUGUGCGAACACGGAGACCUCCGACCCCACCAUGCGCUACCUGCGCACCACACACGACUUCCUGUACAGGCAGAUGCAGCAUGUGCCGUUUGCUGGGAAGGAUGAAGACCUGGACCCAGUGUUGCUGUUGAAUCAGCAGUCCUGGCUGCUGAAGUCUGUGGCCAUCGAGCUGCGUCUGACGUCACUCAACAGACAACGGUCGCACACACAGAGGCUACUCAGUCUGCUGUUGGAUGAUAACUCCUCACAGAUCAACACAGAGAAGUCAUCUGUGACAUUUGAAGUAGACAGAAGUACUUUUUCAACCAGCAUGUUUGGGGGACUGCAAUCAUAUGGUGGAGCGCCGACACGUAGGAAGAUCCUGUCUCUGCUGGACUCACUUGACUUCACGCAGAAUUACCCAGAAUCCCCUCAGCUGGACUUCAUGAACCCCGUGGUGAUAGAACAGGUCAUGCAGGCCUGUCACACCAAGAACAAGGAAGGUGUGAGCCUGUGUAAUGUGAAGGCUCUCCACAAGGUGCUGGUGGCGGAACUCAACGCUCUGCAGGGGUCAACGGCUGCAGGGCAACGUCCACUUAUCACAGAGGAGAUCCAGUUGAUCCUCCAGUAUGCAGUAGCGAGGAACCAGGUGAAGGAGAGUCUCCAGGCUAAGAAGCAGGGGUUCGGGGCGUGGCAGCAGGUUGUGGAGGUAGUGGUCACAGCCUGCCCGCCUGAGAUGCUGUAUGGUGAGGACCGUAAGGGGGCGCUUCUAGACAUACUGCAGGAGCUGCUCAGGAAGAUGUCAGACCCUGAUGCUGUGCCUGAGCUGACCUCCCCCGUAGCAGGAGUGGUACUGACCCUGCUGGCCCACCUCCGCCAAUCAUCCUCCACAGAACAAACCACCUUACCCGGUUCCCAGUACGUCCCCCUGCUGGACAGUCAGGGUCCGGGGUACGGCAGUGGGCCUGUGUCGGCGGGACCCAUGCAGGUGGUGCUGAGGGGGCUGAUAGAGAGCAUCAUGCAGUCUGGAGGCACCCAGCAGAGAGUGAGAGCUAACCUGUACGGAGCCCUGCUGUACUGCCUGCAGAUCCUACAGGCACACAAGGGGGCGCCGAUGAGCAGUGAUGCUGGUUCCCCGAGUGUUCUAGCCUUGGCAACAGAAGGGGACGAGGCAAGGGUUGCCAGGGAAACAGCAGGAAUCAUCGGUAGCUAUGGCAACAGCUUUGUGGAGACGGUCUGCCGGGAUGCGUCUGAUGGGCACGAUGUCGGAAGGAUGUUAGCCUUCUCCACUCUAGACUCCAUGGUACAGCUUGACCGUACCCAGCAGUUGCUGACAUUCCUUGUGAACAAGGGUUACCUGCGCAUGUUCGUGGACAGCCUGGUACGAGAGGACGAGCUCCUACAGAGCAUGCUCAGUCCGUCUCCUCAGCCGCUCAGAGCUCUGUACCUGUACGAGUCAAAAAUGGCUUUACUGUCUAGGUUAGCACAGACCCCGGCUGGCUCCCAAGCUCUUCUCCAGGAAGGAGUGCUGGUCAGGCUGUCAGAGUGCCAGUUCCUGGACAUGAGACCAGAGAAUGCCGGCAGUGUACCAGGCAGUGGUGAGGCCAUGGCAGUGUCGUACGAGGGGUUUGUCCCCACGGUAUCAGACAGGUACAGACAGAUGCUCCUGCCUGCUCUCAAGCUGUGCCUGGCUAUCAUGACAUCACUCGGACCUCAGCACAGAGAUGCCACCAACCAGGUGCUUCAGUUCAUCCUGUCUCACAUGGAUGUAUUUCAUGCCGUGUUGAGGGAACAGAGGAGUGGCCUCACCCUCCCCUCACUACAGGAACUUGCUCUGACCACGGGGGUCCUCACACAGUGCCUCGGAGAAGGUGGUGUUUUCACCAACCCCAGUCUGCAGGAAGACUCGGCAGGUGCGCAGGUGCAGAGCCACCUGUCUCGGAUCCACCGGCAGGUGCUCACCCUGCUGCCUCAGUACUGCAGCAACCAGGGUCUAAGAAAGCAGCUGAGGAGUCUUGAGGAAUCGGUGGGCCCUGAGGGCAGGAGUAACAAGGAAGACAUCCGGCUGGCUCUGUUACAGAUUAUGGGAAACCUGAUAGCCUACUGUAGAGCUGUGGUGGCUCGGUCAGGCCCCACAGCCCAGCAGUGCCAGCUGCUGUUCACACCCAGUCUACAGGACGCUACAACCAGGGACAUCUACUCUGCACAAGACAUCCGUGGUUCUGUGACCUCUAUGCGACCUCCAGGGCUGGGUGUGAUUGUUCAGCACGUGAAACAGGCCACUGAUGACUUCAUGGCGGCAUUCGAGUCCCACGGACAACUCCAGAACAAGGUCAACAACGUGUCCGAACUCAGCAGCGAGGAGCUCAAAGAGCUCUGCCCGGUGGGUGCAGCUGCGGAGAAGAUGUCGACUCACCAGCGGCAGCAGCUGGCUCACAAGCGGCUGACUCAGAUGGUGUGCUUCAGGACACAGGAGAUGGCUCUGUGUGCAUAUGAUGUAGAGAAUUGCCUGUUUCUUCUGUGGCGCCACCUAGAGUACUACCUGCUGCACUGCACCCCUGCAGACCCCACCACUGCCAUGUUCUCCCUGUCCAGACCUCAGGGCCAGAAACUCAGGAGGCUACAAGACACCCCCGGAAAGUCGCCCUUCUCUAACGGUUUGACACCAGGAGAUGACAGGAGGGACCUCAUGUCACUGGAGGGGGUCAGUAAAGAUGACAUCGAUCAGCUGAAGACAGAUGUGAUUUCCUGCCUGACAGAGCCUCUCUUCAGGAAGCUACAGGAUAUAGAAAAGAAUUACACCAAGUCACGUACGAGAUACGGAUUUAUGGAGGCGAUGGUCCGACGAAUCAGAAGGCUUCUAAAGCUUCACACCAGGGUCUGACCCCUUCUGUAGUAAUGCUCAUAGCAGGGCUUGAAAUACUUUUUUCUGCAUACCUGUGCUGGUGCAGGUUACGUUGAAAAUUACCUGCACCAGACAAACUUUACCUGCACCACUCUAAAUUUAGGAAGUAUGGAUCAUACUAAAAUUGUUUAGGAACCAUUGCUAUUUUUUUUUCUUUUAUACUUAAUAGGUAGUGACAUUCAAUGCAGCUAAUAACAAUCCACAUACACCUACAUCAUCAGACAUUCAUGUCUAAAACCCAGUACAUGGACCAGUGCAGGUUAGGUGCAGGUAGACACCAGAAAUACCUGCACAGCUCCAAUUUUACCUGCACUAACCUGCAUAUGCAGGUGGUAUUUCAAGCCCUGACUCAGCAAUGAUUCAACGUGGAGAAAACAGGAGAAAACACUUUUUCAUUAGGGUAAUUUAGGAUGCAACAUGUUUACUUUAGUGUAUCAUCAAGAAAAACAGAAAAUUUGUUGUAUUUUUGAUGGAUAUAAAUUAAGAAAUAGUGAUGAUCAGGCAUGUAAAAGAUGCCCUGCAAAUAGGGUUAAACCUAAACCAGUACUAGUGACCACCUCUGCAUUGUGGCCAUUUUUGUGGUCCAGUAGUUUAUUUUCCUAUUUACCGAGGCAGUACACACCCUGUCCAUAGUGACCACCUGUCUACUGUGAUUGUUUUCGUCAAGUCCCUUGGUGGUCAUUAUAGACAGGUUAGGCUGUAAUGUUGCCAUCCUUCAUGAUCAGCUUUGUCAGACUAUUUCCUGCAACUGCAACUAUAGAUUCAUACUUAUUGUGUAUCAUGGAUGAAUAGUUACUUAUUUUGCUCAAUUAUGUUUCAAAUCAUAGGCACAUUCUAACAAUGACAAAUGUUUUUAGGCAUGAGCAGUAACUUUGCUUUGUAAAGGUAGAAUGCCAUUACCAAAUAAUACAAAAAUAUGCUUAUCAAGUACUUGAUGUUUAUGAUUAAACCCUAAGUGUCAUACUGUAUUACUGUGCUAUUGCUUAACACCACAGAUGUAAAUACAUUUUGUACUAUCCAGUGAAGACUUAGUUCUGUGCUUUAUGUAACUGUACGAAAAUGGUGGAAGGAAAUGUCAUAUUUCUUCAUUGCAGGCCUUACAGAAAUAAGUGUCAGAUUUUUUGUCAAAAUAAAAAUACAUUCCUCUUCAUGAU